UUAAAAGUAUACAAAAAUAUUUUAAAAAUGUAGAAAAUUUAUUUUUGUAAAACAAGAAUAAACUCUAAAAAAUCUUAUGAAAAAUAUUUUCUCACUAGAUAGUAGACAUGACAUUUUUCUCCUGCAAUAUCUAAACAUAAGAUAUGAUAAAUAAUAAUAGGAGAAAAUAGUAAGCACUCAAGUUAACGAAUGCAAAGCAUUGCUGGGACACUCUAUAUAAACUGCCUUUACCCCCAUAACUCUACACUCGUCACCAAGCAAUAACUCAUAGCUCCCCGUGUUCUCUCCACCAUAUCCUCUUAGAAAAACAAAGAAGAAUAUGCCUUGUUGUUCAGUAACAAGAGAAAUAAUCUCCAAGUGCAUUGUGUACCCGGAGAAGAAGUCCACCGUGGCCGAUCUCCGUCUCUCAGUCUCUGAUCUUCCUAUGCUCUCAUGUCACUACAUUCAAAAAGGUGUGCUCCUCCCCACCCCUCCUCUCGACGACCUUGUCUCUUCUCUCCGCCGUUCUCUUUCCUCAGCCCUCUCCCUCUUCCCUCCUUUAGCCGGCCGUUUCUACACCAGCCCCUCCGGUCACAUUUACAUCACCUGCAACGACGCCGGGGCUGAUUUCGUCGCCGCUUCCGCCAAACACGUCACCGUCUCCGACGUUCUCUCUCCCGGCAAAGACGUUCCUCUCCUCGUCCGCGAGUUUUUCGUGUUCGAGCGUCUCGUUAGCUAUAACGGCCACCAUAAGCCUCUAGCAGCGGUCCAAGUGACGGAGCUAGAGGAUGGUGUGUUCGUGGGAUGCACCGUUAAUCACUGCGUUACAGACGGAACUUCCUUCUGGCACUUCUUCAACACCUUCGCUGACCUCACCAGCGGCAAGAUGAUCAAACACCUUCCUGAUUUCUCACGGCACACCGUCUUCGACUGCCCCCAAGUUCUGCCCAUCCCUCCCGGUGGUCCACGUGUAACCUUCGACGCGGAUCAGCCUAUCAGAGAGAGAAUAUUCCAUUUCAGCAGGGAAGCCAUUUCGAAACUCAAACAGAGGACUAACUACAACAAAGUUAACGGCAUGAAAUCUAACGGUAACGGAGGAGGGAAGAUAACGAAGAAGAAUCAGGAUCCAACGGCUGAGAUUUCGUCGUUCCAAUCUCUGAGUGCUCAGCUAUGGCGAUCCGUUACGCGAGCGAGGAACCUAGAUCCGAGCAAGACGACGACGUUUAGGAUGGCGGUAAACUGCCGGCACCGGCUGGAGCCUAAGAUGGAUCCUUACUACUUCGGGAACGCGAUACAGAGCAUACCGACGAUGGCGAGUGCGGGAGAUCUGCUAGCAAACGAUCUCCGAUGGUCCGCCGAUCAACUUCACAGGAACGUGGUGGCGCACGACGACGCGACGGUCCGCCGCGGAAUAGCAGACUGGGAGAGCAAUCCGAGGCUGUUCCCUCUGGGAAAUGCAGACGGUGCUUCGAUCACGAUGGGGAGCUCGCCGAGAUUCCCAAUGUACGACAACGAUUUCGGAUGGGGGAAGCCGUUAGCCGUGAGGAGCGGAGGAGCGAACAAAUUCGACGGGAAGAUCUCGGCGUUUCCAGGGAGAGAAGGGAACGGAAGCGUAGACCUGGAAGUGGUUCUCGCGCCGGAAACUAUGGCUCGCAUUGAGAACGAUCCCGACUUUAUGCAAUACGUCUCUGUCUGAAGUCUGUUUCGACUGAUGAAAUGAAACCCCUACCCCUACGUCGUCGUGUGUCGUUUCUAUUUAGUCAAUGGUCCCUUCUUAAUGUGACAACUAAUGUACAAAAUCCUGAACUUUUGUAUAUGAAGAAAGCGAGGUGGCAGAUGAUUGAAAAAGAUGUUUUCAUCAACGGCUCUCACAGCUAAAUCUGUCAUGUAAGAAGAUGGAAAUACUUUUUUCCAUGUUGUUUUAGAUGAUCUGGCAAUGAGAGCGCUGAUGAUAUGAUCUUCUUCAACCAA